CUUUUUAGCGCUGAAUAUUACCAAGUAGGCAUCCGACAGUGCCCAGCCAUUUCAGCGGACCUGAACAAGUAAUGCAUAGAAAAGUUCCUGGAUUAGCCAAGAAUUAGCACAAAGCAGGGACGCCGCUUUGGGGUUUGAGAACGAUCGAGCACGCCAGAGAGUGACCGAGCGAGCGACCAAGCGAGGGAUCAGAGGAGGGAUCGUGCGAGCGAGCGACUGACUUGACAGAGUGGGUGAGCGAGCGGAUGAGCUAAAGAACAGUGUGGCACAGCCAGCCCCGCACCAGACACCAGUGACUUGCUCAGACACCCUCCAAGCAACAGCGGUCGCAGCACAGAGCUCCGGACAGGACUGAAGGGACUGAGCGGCCAGGACGGGACACCCCCUAGUCAAGAGCUCCCCUCAGCAGCUCAAGGCUUCUCCAGGAUGGAGGACAAGCAGUUUCUGAACGGAGCGGUUCCGGGUGAAGCGGUGAAGAAGGAUGAGAACUCCCGGCGAGGCAACUGGGGGAACCAGAUCGAGUUCGUGCUCACGAGCGUGGGCUACGCCGUGGGCCUGGGCAACGUCUGGAGGUUCCCCUAUCUCUGCUACAGGAAUGGAGGAGGGGCUUUCAUGCUUCCGUACUUCAUCAUGCUGGUGUUCUGUGGCAUCCCCCUGUUCUUCCUGGAGCUCUCCUUUGGCCAGUUCGCCAGCUUGGGGUGCCUGGGGGUCUGGAAAGUCAGCCCCCUGUUCAAAGGUGUGGGUUACGGCAUGAUGGUGGUGUCCACCUACAUCGGGAUCUACUACAACGUGGUCAUCUGCAUCGCCAUCUACUACUUCUUCAUGUCCAUGACCAACCUGCUGCCCUGGACCUACUGUACCAACGCCUGGAACACGCCGGACUGCGUCGGCGUCGUCACCUCCUCCGGCAUCAACACAACGCUGGCCAACGUCAGCGCCGCCGUCACCGAGGUCGUCAACCGCACCAAGAGGACCAGCCCCAGCGAGGAGUACUGGAGAAAUUACGUCCUUGACAUCUCCGACGGCAUUGGCAACUUUGGUGAGGUGCGCCUGCCCAUCCUGGGCUGCCUGGCUUUGUCCUGGCUGGUAGUCUUCCUCUGUCUGAUCAGGGGAGUCAAGUCAUCAGGAAAGGUGGUGUAUUUCACGGCGACCUUCCCCUACGUGGUGCUGACCAUCCUGUUCAUCCGGGGGAUCACUCUGGAGGGGGCCGUCAGUGGCAUCAAGUACUACCUGACCCCCCAGUGGCAGAAAGUAUUGGACGCAAAGGUGUGGGGAGAUGCCGCCUCUCAGAUCUUCUACUCUCUGGGCUGUGCUUGGGGAGGACUCAUCACCAUGGCAUCUUACAACAAGUUCCACAACAACUGCUACAGGGACAGCAUCAUCAUCAGCAUCACCAACUGCGCCACCAGCGUGUACGCCGGCUUCGUCAUCUUCUCCAUCCUGGGCUUCAUGGCGCACCACCUGGGCGUGGGGGUGUCUGAGGUGGCCGACCAGGGCCCCGGCCUGGCCUUCGUGGCCUACCCCGAGGCCCUCACUCUGCUGCCGAUCUCCCCUCUCUGGUCCAUCCUCUUCUUCUUCAUGCUCAUCCUACUGGGACUAGGAACUCAGUUCUGCCUGCUGGAGACCCUGGUCACUGCCAUUGUGGACGAGAUCGGCACCGACUGGAUCAUGAGGAACAAGACUGUGGUCACCCUCGGAGUAGCGGUUGUUGGCUUCCUGCUGGGCGUGCCUCUGACAACACGGGCAGGGAUUUACUGGCUUUUGCUCAUGGAUAACUAUGCUGCUAGCUUCUCUCUGGUCAUCAUCUCCUGCAUCAUGUGCAUCUGUAUCAUGUAUGUCUAUGGACACAAGAACUACUUCAGGGAUGUAGAGAUGAUGCUGGGCUUCCCUCCUCCAAUCUUCUUCAGGGUCUGCUGGAGAUUCGUGUCUCCUAUCAUCAUCUCUUUCAUCCUGAUCUUCACGGUGAUUCAGUACAAGCCCAUCACCUAUGGAGAUUAUGUGUACCCUCAGUGGUCCCUGGCCAUCGGCUUCCUCAUGGCGAUGUCCUCUGUUGUGUGCAUACCCAUCUAUGCUCUCUACAAGAUCUCCAUGUCUGAAGGAACCACCUUCUGGGAGCGGUUCAAGAACGCUCUGAAGCCCGACCCCACCUGGGGCCCUGCCCUGCAGGAGCACCGCAUAGGUCGCUACGCUGCUGCGGGCAUAGACGGCGUGGAGGUCUGCCCCCUCAAGGAGGACCUGAAGGAGAAAGAGAAGGAGAAAGAGGAGGAGAAGGAGACGGAAAAGGAGAAGGAGAAGGAGAAGAAGGAGGAUAUCAACGUCACCAUCCAGGGCAGCAACGGCUCCACCACCACGCACAACCCCACACCCAGCGCAUAGGGUCCUCACUUGUAC